CCUAAAGAGCUGGAACUCAAAAAAGUGGGCCCAUGUACGUGGCGGGAUCUUAUAGGAUUAACGGGGGAGAUUGACGAGGUUGAACAGCGUGUAUGUCGAACCUCUAACAAUUCGGUGUCUCCCAUGGAUGGAAGAAGUUCCAAAUUCCAACCGCCAAUAAUAUUCAUCUUAACAAUUAAGAUCUGUUAUCUAUUACAGACAAAAACCAGAGUCGUCUGCCAGCUGCUGACGCUUCUCUUCUGAUCUUCCAAGAUAAACUCGUCACCCUUUUCGUUCUUGAUUCUUGAUCUAUAUUUUUUCUGUUGAUUAUUAUUGUUAUUACUUAAAUUUUGAGCUUCAAACCAAGAGCAUCAUACCCAGAAAAGGAAAAUGGAUGAGAUGAAAGAUAAAUGGAAGGGGUUCGUGAAGAAAGUCAACAACCAAUUUUCAUCAUCUUCUUCUUCAUCUGGUAAAUUCAAGGGGCAAGGUAGAGUCUUGGGUUCCUCUUCAUCUGCACCUGUUAACCCCAUCCUUAACCGUCCCACCCAAACUCAAACUCCCACUCCAAAGCCUAUCUCUUCUUCCUCUUCUUCUUCAAAUUCUAAGCCUUCAAUGCCUUUAAAACCACCAGGUUCUGAUCAAAAUAAGCCCAGUUCUAUUAAUAAUCCUGAGCCAACUCGCAAAACGGGAAAUGGAUUUGAUCCUUAUGACUCAUUGAUCACUUCUAGCAAAGUAUCGAAAAAUGGGUUCACUUUAAAUAUGUUUGAAUGUCCAGUUUGUGGUGCUUCUUAUACGUCUGAGGAAGAGGUGUCUAUACAUGUAGAAACUUGUGUUAAUACUAAUUCAUCCUAUAGAGAAGGCAGUGAUGGUGUUUCGGGGUCAAAUGAGAAUGUGUUAGAAGAGUGUAGAAGUGGAUUGGAGGUUUGUGUUGGUUCAUAUCUCUCAGGGAAGCCACCAGAUGGGUCAGUUGAGGUGGUUCUUAGGUUGUUGAGGAAUAUAGUUAAGGAACCUGCGAAUGACAAGUUUAGGAAGAUUCGGAUGACUAAUCCAAAGAUAAGGGAAGCAAUUGGUGAGGUAGCAGGAGGAGUUGAAUUGUUGGAGUUUGUUGGAUUUGGGUUGAAGGAGGAAGGAGGGGAAAUGUGGGAAGUUAUGGAGGUUCCUAAAGAGGAGCAGAUUACUUUGAUUAAUACGGCAAUAGCAUUGUUGGAACCACGAAAGAUAGAAGAACUUAGGAAGAGUGAGAAUUUGCCCUCCACAGCUCCAGCUGAGAAAGAGGAAAGUGUUGAACCAAAGAAGAUUGACAGACAGAUCCGGGUCUUCUUCUCUGUACCUGAAAACAUAGCAGCAAGAAUUGAGCUACCAGAUUCUUUCUAUAACCUAUCAGUUGAAGAGCUCAAGAGAGAAGCAGAUAUGAGAAAGAAAAAGAUUGCAGAAUCCCAGCUUUUAAUCCCUAAAUCUUACAAGGAAAAACAGGCAAAAGCAGCCAGGAAGAGGUAUAGAAGAGCGAUCAUCCGCAUCCAGUUUCCUGAUGGAGUAGUGCUUCAAGGUGUUUUUGCUCCUUGGGAGCCAACUAGUGCUCUUUAUGAGUUUGUCAGCUCAGCACUGAAAGAACCCUGCCUGGAGUUUGAGCUGUUAGAUCCUGUAAUGGUUAAACGGCGGGUGAUCCCUUCUUUUCCUGCAGCAGGGGAGAAAGCCAGGACGCUGGAGGAAGAGGAUUUGGUCCCCUCGGCACUUAUCAAAUUCAAGCCUAUUGAAACAGAUUCUGUCCUCUUCACAGGGCUUUCUAAUGAACUACUAGAAAUCUGUGAACCCCUCGUAACAGAUUGAGCAUCUGCUCCUAGAAAUCAAAGCUUUGAUUCACCUUUCUAUAAUUUCUUGGGUACUGAAAUCCUAUACAGUGGUUUUUAAAGCUGUCAACUCUUCAUGAUUGUAAUUUUCACCAAAGCCUGAUUUUUGUUCCCUUGUACGUUACCUAGUGGACAAGAGUUGUCAAUGUCCUUGGCGGAGGCCUGAGUCCACUCGUUCUUGUGUUUCGAUGAUAAAUUCAAUUCAUAAUACUAGUAUCUACUAAGCUGUGUAAAGUAAAGAUAUGAUUUCGAACGUG